AUGCAUAUAAGGUACUUGAAGACGCUAAUGCCCCCUCAGGCCGUAGUGAGUGGCAUCCAAGCGCAGGACGGGGCGGCCAAGGUGGUGGCGAUGGCAUGGUCUCCCAACAACGUCAAACUGGCCGUCUGCACGGCUGACAGGGUCGUGCUGCUUUUCGACGACAUGGGAGAGCGCCGCGACAAGUUCUCUACCAAGCCCAUCGACUCCAAGUACGGGAAGAAGAGCUACGUGGUCAAGGCCAUUUGCUUCUCUCCAGAUUCUGCCAAGUUGGCCGUUGCCCAAACUGACAGCAUCAUCUACGUUUACAAAAUCGGAGAAGAGUGGGGCGAGAAGAAAGUCAUAUGCAACAAGUUCAUCCAGCAGAGUGCCGUCACCUGCAUGACUUGGCCUCACCACGGUCCCAUCGUAUUCGGACUCGCCGAAGGAAAAGUGCGGAGCGCCAACGUCAAGACCAACAAGUCGUCGACGUUGUAUGGCACCGACUCCUACGUUGUCUCUGUGGUCAGCAGUAUCUCGGGCAAAGGUAUCCUCUCUGGACAUGCUGACGGUAGCGUGGUGCGGUACUUCCUCACUGAUGAUGACAGUGGUGAGGUUCAGGGCAAAGUGCUGACACACCCGUGCCCGCCGUACGCGCUCUGCUGGACGGAGCAGUCCAUCUUGGCGGCCGGCUGCGACAAGCGCAUCGUGUUCUACGCUCCACGCGAAGGGCGCGUGCAGCAGCAGUUCGACUACAGCCGGCAGCCGGACGAGCACGAGUUCGCCGCGGCGGCCUGCAGUCCCGGCGGACACGCCCUGGCCGUCGGCAGCUACGACAGGGUCCGGGUGUUCACAUGGAGCAGCAACAAACGAGCCUGGGAUGAGGCGAAGCCCAAGGAGCUGCAGAACGCCUACACCAUAUCCAGCCUCGCCUGGAAGCGAGAUGGAUCGAGGCUCGCAGUGGGAACGCUGUGCGGCGCCAUUCUGAGCUACGAUUGCAGCCUGCGCAAGACACUAUACAACAACAAAUUUGAGAUCACCUUUGUGGGGCCGAGUCAGGCCCUGAUAGUGAACCUGGCGACGAAGACGAAGAGCACGCUCAAGUCCCAGUACGGCCACGAGAUACAGGAUAUAAAAAUCCUGGGCAGGGACCGCUACCUGGUGGCAUACACAGCGGCCACGCUGUUGCUCGGCGAUUUGCUCCAGGACAAGUUCUGCGAGGUCUUCUGGGAAGGGACGUCGAGGAAUGAGAAGUUCUACUUCGAAACAGAAAAUGUGUGCAUGAUUUUCAACGCUGGUGAACUGUCCCUGGUAGAAUAUGGCCACAACGAGAUCCUUGGUUCGGUGCGCACCGAAUUCAUGAACCCUCAUUUGCUAAGCGUGCGUCUCAACGAACGAAGGCGCCCUGGGGCACCGGACAACAAGAAGCUAGCCUACUUAAUCGAUUUGAAAACAAUAUUUGUCGUGGACCUGGUGACGGGUAUGACGCUGGCACAAGUGCCGCACGACUCCAAGAUCGACUGGCUCGAGUUGAACGAGACUGGUCAGAAGCUGCUCUUUCGCGACAGACGCCAACGGCUCAGCCUGUUCGACAUUGCAUCCCAAGACAAAGUGACACUUCUCAAUAACUGCACGUUUGUUCAGUGGGUUCCGGAUAGUGACGUGGUGGUAGCGCAAGGCCGCAACGUCCUGUAUGUCUGGUACAACGUGGAUGCUCCAGAGAGGACCACCAACAUCCCCAUCAAGGGUGAAGUAGCGGAUAUUGAACGCGAGGAUGGUAAGACCGAAGUCAUUGUCAACGAAGGCCUCACUACAGUUGGCUACCCGCUGAAGGAAGGUCUCAUCGAAUUUGGCACAGCAAUCACCGACGGCGACUUCGGACGAGCGGUGGCAUACCUGGAGAGCCUGGAGCUCACGGAGGAGACGGAAACCAUGUGGCGCACGCUAGGGCAGAUGGCGCUCGAGGAGCGUCUUGUGGCCGUGGCCGAGCGCUCGUACGCCGCGCUCGGCGACCUGGCCAGGGCGCGCUUCCUGGCGCACGUCAUGCGCCUCCAAGAGGAGGCCGCAAUGGCCACGGGUCAAGACGGCCACGACCACUACGAAGUGAGGGCGCGGAUGGCCAUGCUGGAUAAACAGUUCAAGCUGGCUGAGAACAUCUACCUCGAGCAGAAUAAAGUUGAAGAGGCAAUGGAGAUGUACAAAAAUAUGCACAAAUGGGACGAGAUGAUCCAGCUGGCCGAAUCGAAAAAUUAUCACAACGUUGAGAAACUCCGGGAGGACUAUUUUGAGUGGCUCCUGAAUAACGGCAUGGAAGGAAAAGCAGCCGAGCUGAAGGAGAAAGAGGGCGACGUGGAAGAGGCGGUCUCGCUGUACCUCAAGUCUGGUCUUCCGGCCAAGGCCGCCCUGGUGCUGCGCUCGGUGCCGGCUCUUGUGCAGCAGCGGCAGCUGGCCGACCGCGUCAUCACGGCGCUUACCCAGUCCGAGCUGUACGAGCACGCCGGCAACCUCCACGAGCAGCUCGGCGAGCACGCCAAGGCGCUGCAGUGCUACCGUGCGGGCCACCACUACGCAAAAGCCGUGGAGCUCUCUCGGCAACGGAAUCCCGGAGACGUGGUCGCCCUUGAAGAGGAAUGGGGCGAGUACUUGGUCUCGCAGAGGCAGCUGGACGCGGCCAUCAACCACUUUAUCGAGGCAGGGAAGACGGUGAAGGCCCUGGAUGCAGCCAUCAAUGCAAGGCAGUGGAAAAAGGCUGUGCAGAUAAUCGAGGUGAUCGAUGACACCCCUGAGCUAAACCGGUACCAGAGCAAGCUGGCUCAGCACUUCCACUCGACCGGAGACCUCGAGAUGGCGGAACACUUUUACGUGGAAGCUGGAAAGAUAAAAGAGGCCAUUGAAAUGUACAACACUGCUGGAAAAUGGGACAGAGCACUGAAGCUUGCCAAGCUCCACCUCAGACCGGAAGAUGUGACGAGCAUGUACACUGAGCAGGCAUCGGAGCUCGAGAAACAAGGAAAACUCAGAGAGGCGGAAAAGCUUUACUUGUUCAUCGACGAGCCCGACUUGGCCAUUGCGAUGUAUAAGAGGUAUCGUCAGUACGACAAUAUGAUGCGUGUAGUCAAGGAAUUUCACCCAGACCUUCUUUCAGACACACACUUGCAUCUCGCUAAAGAACUAGAGGGCGAAGGCAACUACCUGCAAGCUGAAGCGCAUUACCUAGCGGCAAGCGACUGGAAGGCUGCCGUUAACAUGUACCGCGCCAAUGACAUGUGGGAAGAAGCGUAUGGCGUGGCCAAGAAGCAUGGCGGUCCUGUGGCCUGCAAGCAGGUGGCCUAUCUUUGGUCCAAGAGCCUCGGUGGGGACUCAGCCGUGCGGCUGCUCACAAAGCUAGGCCUGCUCGACAGCACCAUCGAUUAUGCUGCCGAGAACUGUGCCUUUGAAUUUGCGUUCGAGUUGGCGCAAGCAACGGCCAAGCACAAGCUUCCAGACAUCCACCUCAAAUACGCCAUGUUUCUUGAGGACGAGGGCAAGUUCCACGAGGCGGAACAAGAGUUCAUCAAGGCUAACAAGCCUAAAGAAGCGGUGCUUAUGUACGUGCACAAUAAAGACUGGGACAGCGCCAGGCGUGUGGCCGAGGCUCACGACCCGGAAUCCGUGGCGGACGUGUCCAUCGGCCAGGCUAGGGUUGCCUUUCAAGCUGGCCACUAUCAGCAAGCUGAGUCAUUGGCACUUCGAGCUGAAAGGCCGGACCUCGUCAUCAAACUGUACAAGGACGCGGGCAUGUGGAACGACGCUCUUCGCAUCUGCAGAGAGUACACACCUUCGAAGAUUCUGGAGCUUCAAGAGGAGUACGACAACCACAUGGACACGAAGGGAUCACGAGACGUUGACGCCCUGCUUGAACAGGCCCAGGAGUGGGAACGAAAUGGGCAGCACGACCGAGCCGUAGACUGCUAUAUGCGCAUGACACCUGAAAAUGUGAAAAACGUGGACAUGCUCGAAAAAUGCUGGGUGAAGGCGGCCGACCUGGCCUUAAAGUUUCUAGAUGAGCACAAGGCAGACAGGAUACUCAAGAACGCCGCACGUAUGCUGUUGGACAUCAAGAAGCACAGUUCGGCAGCACAGUUGUUCCUCAGCAUGGAGCUGGUCAAGGACGCCGUAGAGGCCCUGAUCGCGGGUGGCGAGUGGAGCAAGGCUAAGAAGGUAGCCCAAGAAUUCGACCCAGGGUUGGAGGAACACGUUGACAAGGAGUACAAAAGCUAUCUGCGCAGCCGCGGCCAGACUGAUCAAUUAGCCAAUGUCGACAUCAUUGCCGCUCUGGACCUGUACGCCGAAAAGAAGCAAUGGAAGAAGUGCCUAGAAGUGGCCGAGCAGCAGGGACAGCAGGUGCUACACAAGUACGUGGCACUGUGUGCCAGCCAGCGAAUCCGCGACGGAUCGCCACUGGACGCGCUGCGCCUGUACGCCGACUAUGGAGCGCCGGCCCUGGCUCAGAACUUCAACAUCUACCGACACAUCACAGCCAGCGUGUUUGCACUGCCAGGCCUGUACGGUGCGCACGCGUACCGGACUUGGUCCGAACUCAGGGACGUCCUGCACGAUCUCGUGAAAAACCUAGAAACCAGCCACCAAGAUGUCAGCGACUUCGAAAAGUUACUGCUUAUCAGUAACUACUACGCCACCCGCUCAGCAUGUCAGGGGCAGGAGACCCUGGCCGAGCACGCCAUGAAGAUCUCCGUGUCUCUGUUGCGGUACACAGAACACAUUCCUGCGGAUAAAGCUUUCUACGAGGCGGGACUCGCCUGCAAGACGUUGAACAAAGAAGCAAUGGCUUUCGUUUUCUGGAAUCACUACUUGGAUAUAUGCGAGGCCAUCGAGGAAGGGUCGCUGGACACGCUAGAUCAUUCCGACUUCCAGAACACCGACAUCCCGUUCGAGAUUCCACUUCCCGAGAAGAUGUUCCUCGAUGAGGCCCAGCACGAGGAGGUCAAGGAAUGGGUUCUAGCCAUAAGCAUGAACCAGGGCGUAGAGCAGGCGCUGCCCGUUGAUGAACAAGGCUUCUACGAGGCCUCGCUCGAGGGCCCCAAGGGCAAUCUCCGCGCCCUGCCUUGCCUGAUCACCGGAUACCCUGUGCUCCAAAACAAGCUUCAGUUUCAAAAACCAAGGAUAGUCUGCAACAAGGACGACUGGAACAAAUUUCUGUUGGCUACAAAACUAUCACGCAGCGCAGAAUGUCAAGAUGUCCUGAAGUUCAUCACGGAAUGGGCUGGAGGCGCACCAAACCUCAGCUAUUCUUUCCAGUAGACAGAUCACAGAAAUGCUUUGCAGAUGCUUCACCAGGGACGUCAAAUGAAACAACCUUUGACAAUUUGGUCAUACACUUCCGCUGUAAGCGAAUGAGAUACUGAAUAUUGUCUUGGAUGAUGAGUCAGUAUUACUUGAAAAAAAAAAAAAAAAGCAUGACAUCCUGAUGUGAAGAAAUAAAAUGCAACCCGACGCAACUGUCUCUCUUAUUUCAACAGAUUUCUGAACAUGAUUACCAACAAGAAGCAACAAACCAAUUAAUCGAAGGUCUCCAUUUCAGUCUGCUUCUUGAGUGUGACCUAACACAAGGUCCUCCCGACUUCAAGUGCUACAGGGUCGCAUGUUUUGUCAUGACAGGCUAAAUAUGUCACAAAUGUGUCGGCACUCUGACAGAUUUUGUACGUUUUGCCCCCUUUUGCAGGAAUGUGUGCAUAAAUACAUGAAAAAAAAAUAAACGCUUCAGCUAGUUUUCAUCAUGUACCAAUGGCAAAAGCUAAAUUUGUAAUUCACCCUGGAUCUUUUCGGAAUUUGCAUUAUGCAGACCCCUUCCCCCCGUCUCCGGUUCACGCGCGACUUGGUUUAUUCGCCCUGGGCAAUCGCCGCAAACACGCGCCACUUCAGCCUCAUUU